AUGGCGUGGCGGCCUCUGGGCGGAGGCAGCUCAAGAUCCGCUGCAAGCGUGGCCGGCGGAGCACGGAUCUUCGGUGACCGGCGCCACUCCAUCACCUUCGCGGCUAGGAGUGCCCAGGAACCUGGACCCCUUGCUGUUGUGGAUGCUGCGCCUCUGGCCAGUGCCGUCGAUCUACAGGCACCGAUCGAUGAUGUGACUGGGUUGCCGUUGAUUAGAUGCCCAGAUUGUAGGGAUGUUAGGGUGUUUGCUGCCACGACAAAGUCUAGGUCUAACAAAGGAAAGAGAUUUUUCAAGUGUCCUAGGAAGAGCUAUGGAAAUGGGUCAUGUUCUAGGUAUUGGUUCGAGGAAGAGUAUGUGGUGUUUCUUGUUGAUAAUGGAUACCUACCGUCAGUUCACCCAACCAUUGCAGCAGCUUCGACAACAGAUGUUCCUGAGCUUGUGGGAAAAAUUGAAAGCUUAGAGGAAAAUCUGAACAAGGUCAAGGAGAUGGUUGGCAAGAACAGGGAAGGCAUAGGAAGCUACAUUUGUCUUGUGUGUGGAUGUGUGAAUGUAACAAUAUUCCUUUUGUUGGCCAUCUUCUUGGUUGUAGCUGUUGUGUUGAAGUAG